GAAGAACAGGGAUGUCUGUUUUGCAUAACGCACUUGGUCCUACAGCAAGUAGACACAUAUGUACUAUACGUUGGCAUGGGGCUUGUGAAUAACAUUGUAUAGUGAAGAGAGAGGCACCGACGAGCGAAACGAAACGGCCAUUGUUCUCAGAGAAUACCAUCGAGCUAGGUAGGCUCUGCUUGUACAAUUGCAACGAAGCCUAGAUAUGCGUGGUACUACCAGAUCGUGUUGUAACCUUCGUACAUAAGGUAUGGGCACGAAUAAGUAUCAAGUCUAAUCAAAGGGGAAAGGAAUUCAUCAUACACCACAGUUAAAGUUGAAAUGCUUCCAGUCGUUCAGUCAACACACUCUGCAAGUAUUGACGUCAUAUCUUGGAGAAAGGGACCUCUGGUUUCCGUUUUGGAACAUUUUCGAGGACCACCACUGCACGACACUGCACUGGAGCAUGUGGGUUUCCCAUAGUAUUUCGACAAACCUCCGCUCUUAUCGUCUCAACUACCACCGCGCUUAACGACGGACAAGGUGCAAGAAGCUGGAUCAGUGGACAAAGAGUCGAUUGGAAUUGAUGAAGGUCUAUAACGGCAUCCGCAGCCUUACACGCAACUUCAGCCUCCUCCAGGGCCUCAAGGCCCGAGUGCUCGAAACACCAUUAUUCGGCACGCCAGGAAAGACGCACCCGCUGCCGAAGGUCCCAAAAGAAGAGAAGAUGACUCCUCCCUUGAACGUGUUCAGACAGCCUCUUGCCUUCUUCUCGAAUCGACCUGUCACCGGGUUCCACCGAGACGGUUACUGCCGGACGGGCCCCGCGGAUUUCGGCAACCAUGCAGUAGCUGGCGUGGUGACAGAUGAGUUUCUCGACUUCUCGGCUUCGCAGGGCAACGAUCUUCGGGUCGUGGGAUUACAGGGCGGCUGCAAAUGGUGUCUCUGCACAUCACGGUGGCUGGAAGCUGUGCAAGCGUAUCGAGACGGCCGGAUCAGCAGGAAUGGUGUGCCAAAGGUGCAUCUGGAGGCGACGGAGGACAGUGCGCUGCGAAGAGUCGAUCUCGACACGCUUCGCGAAUUUGCGGCACGACCAGAGCCAAACGGAGUGAAUGGAGUGAACGGCGUCAACGGCGUAAAUGGUCAUUGAGAAAACUAUCUGAGGACUAAAGCAAAAAAACAUAACCGUGGGUACCAGUAUCCAAUUUUGCAUUGCGCACCCAAACACGUUAGCAGUAUCCCAUAACUUUGGAUUUUUGAGACCGUAUACACAUACCUUAAAAAAAGUCAAAGGAUGCGCCGCCCUCCAGAGUAAUCGGAAUCGAAUGGAAACCUUCCCGAUUCCCUACACUGUAGGGAAAAGGGUGAGAUCCCGCUGCG